UUAGAUCAGUUGGGUGACGUAAAAAUACCGGGUCAAUAUUAUUUACAAUAUAUUCGUAGUGAAGCUAUAAUUUUGUUAUUCCGCUGUUUUUCUGUUAAAAUGAGAGGUUUAAUAAGUGUUAAGGAUAGUUAUCUGGGACGAUUACUAUCUCCAAAUAAUGGAAGACUGUUGUCAGAUGCUUCGAGAGCAUUAUCAAAGUGUCAUUAUUCUUCAGAGAGUAUUGUAGAACAAAAACAAGAGAAAUCUCGGAUGUUUAGGUAUUUGCAAACAAAAAUGAAAGCGUGUGGACCUAUUACAGUGGCUGAGUACAUGAAGGAGGCAUUGACACAUCCCACUGAAGGAUAUUACAUGAAAAAAGAUGUUUUUGGGAGCCAGGGGGACUUCAUAACGUCCCCGGACAUUUCACAGUUAUUUGGAGAAAUGAUUGGCAUUUGGGUUCUAAGUGAAUGGAGAAAAAUCAGUAGAGAUCCUCUUCAGCUAGUUGAACUGGGCCCAGGUCGAGGAACCCUCAGCAAAGAUAUACUCAAGGUUUUUAAACAAUUGAGGGUGGGCGAUAAGAUGUCGAUUCAUUUAGUGGAGGUCAGCCCUGCACUGUCAGCUAUUCAAGCUAAGAAUCUAUGUAUUUCUUCGAAGGAAGUUGAUACGAAUGAAGGUUUGAAAUAUUAUAGAGAGGGAGAAACUCAGGAUGGGAAUAGAGUCUUCUGGUAUUACUGUGUGGAAGAUGUCCCUCGGAAGUUCAGUGUGUUCAUCGCACAUGAGUUCUUCGAUGCUCUGCCCAUUCACAAAUUUCAUAGGAAUAAUGGAAACUGGAGUGAGAUAUUUAUCGAUAUCGACCCGAGUGGAGAAGCAUUGAGAUACGUUACAUCGAAGAGUCCAACAUUGGCUAGUAAAUUGUUUAUAGAUGAACAGGAGAGAAGGAGUCAUCUAGAGGUGAGCCCCCAAACCCUCUCGAUCAUCGAUUAUCUGGCCACAUUUCUGCAAGAGUGCGGUGGAUUCUGCUUGAUUGCUGACUAUGGGCACAGUGGAGAGAAGACGGAUACAUUCAGAGCUUUCAAAGACCAUGAGCAACGAGACCCUCUAGAAAAUCCUGGAGAUGUGGAUCUCACUGCUGAUGUGGACUUCUCCAGAAUAUCGAAAAUAGCAACCAAAGAUGACAGGACAAUAGUGUUUGGCCCAGUCGAGCAACGGGAAUUUUUGUUACAGCUGGGAAUAGAUGUUAGACUGAACAUGCUUGUGCAAAGGAUUUCAGAGGAGGACAGGAAAGAAUUAGAGUCUGGUUACCAUAUGAUUAUUGAUGAGGAUAAAAUGGGAAAAAGCUUUAAGAUGCUGGCGAUAUUUCCUACUGUGUUGAAAGAGCAUUUGACCGCGUACCCUGUGAAUGGAUUUUUUCAUGGGAGUAAUGUACCGACUGCAGAAACUAAUUGCUAAUU